ACACUUCUACCGGCGGCGUCACUUUUUUCAGUUUAUCUAUCUCGCCGACUUGCAAUUUUCCCUGCAAAAAUACGAAAAAGAAAAGCGUAAAUAGAGAAAAUGGCUGCAGCUAUCGAUGGUGUGUUCCCGGCCACAUUGCAGGAGCUGGUGAAAAAGUCCAAGGUGCUGGUGGUGGGAGCCGGCGGAAUUGGCUGCGAGGUGCUCAAGAACCUUGUGCUCAGCGGCUUUACAGAUAUCGAAAUUAUCGAUCUGGACACCAUUGAUCUGAGCAACCUGAACCGACAGUUCCUCUUCCAUCGGGAGCACGUUGGGAAAUCGAAGGCGCGGGUGGCGAGGGAAAGCGCCUUGAGCUUCAAUCCGGAUGCCAAGAUUACAGCUUAUCAUGAUAGCGUCACAUCCACUGAUUAUGGCGUCAGCUUCUUCAAGAAGUUCGACUUGGUGCUCAGUGCCCUGGACAACAGGGCAGCCAGGAACCAUGUGAAUCGCAUGUGCCUGAAUGCGGAUGUCCCGCUGAUUGAGAGUGGCACCGCCGGCUACAAUGGGCAGGUCGAGCUGAUCAAGAGGGGCCUCACCCAGUGCUACGAGUGCACGCCGAAGGAUAAACAGCGAAGCUUUCCCGGCUGCACCAUUCGCAAUACGCCCUCCGAACCUAUUCACUGCAUCGUUUGGGCCAAGCAUCUGUUCAAUCAACUCUUUGGCGAGUCUCUGGAAGAUGAGGAUAUUUCCCCCGAUGCCGCUGAUCCCGACGCCAAGGAGAAAGAUGGCGCCGACGGAGACGCUGAGCCUAAGGCAGAUGAGAAGGAAAAAGAAAAGGUGGAGGAGUCCAAGGAGGAGAAGGAGGCCAAAGAGGAUACGGCCAAUGGAAACAUAGUGCGCAUCAACACCCGACAGUGGGCCAAGGACUGCAAGUACGACCCCGGCAAGCUGUUCAACAAGUUUUUCAACGAGGACAUUACCUACUUGUUGCGCAUGUCGAAUCUCUGGAAGACGCGCAAGGCGCCCGUGCCCGUGCAGUGGGACACCCUGGUGCCCAAGGACUCCUCUGGCGACGGGAAGGAUGUGGCUAAGCAGCACCAUAAGAUCUGGUCCAUCGAGGAGUGCGCUCAAGUCUUUGCCAAUGCUUUGAAAGAGUUGAGCUUGACUUUCCUGAAACUGGAAGGUGACGAUACGCUGUCUUGGGACAAGGAUGACCAACCAGCUAUGGAUUUCGUGGCCGCCUGCGCCAAUGUGCGAUCCCACAUUUUCAACAUCGAGCGCAAGUCGAGAUUCGAGAUCAAGUCGAUGGCGGGCAACAUUAUUCCGGCCAUUGCCACCACCAAUGCGAUUACGGCGGGUAUUUCGGUUAUGCGAGCGUUCAAAGCUCUGGAGGCCAAGUGGGAGGAGUGCAAGGCUGUCUAUGCUCGACUUAGGCCAAAUGCACGCAAUCACUUCCUCGUGCCGGACGCCAUUCUCCCGGGUCCCAAUCCCAACUGCUAUGUAUGCGCCAGCGAUCCGGCAAUCACUCUCAAGGUGGACACCAAACGCAUCCGUAUAAAGGAGCUACGCGACGACGUCCUGGUAAAGACACUCAACAUGCUGAAUCCGGAUGUGACUGUGGAGAGCAAUGGCUCCAUUCUGAUCUCCUCGGAGGAGGGCGAAACGGAGUCCAACGAGGGCAAGCUCCUAAGCGAAUUGAACAUUGUUGAUGGUGUGAUCCUCAAAUGCGACGACUUCUUCCAGAACUAUGAGCUAAGUAUCAUUAUUUCCCACUUCGAUGCGGAGCGGGAUGAGGCCUUGUUUGAAGUCGUGGCCGAUGCCGAGCAGUUGAAGCCCAAAGAGGAGGAGCAAAAGAAGGAUGAUGAGGCAGAAAAGGCGGAUGAACCGAAAACGGCUAAGAAGCGCUCUGCCAACGGGGAAGGUGACUCAAAGGACGAUGGUCCAUCUACCUCAAAGCGCAGCCGGCCCACCGAAGUGGUUGAGGAGGAUGACGAUGAUUGUCUGAUGAUCGAGGAGGACGAGGAUGAAGCGGAUGUCGUUGCCGUGGCCACAGACAAACUCACCGUGCAGAGUCCACCAAAGUCGGGCGCUAAGCGCAAGCCGAGUGAAGUGAUCGAGGAUGAGGACAUCACGGAAAUCUUGGAUUCCUCCGACGAUGAGCCUGCUGCACCCACCAAAAGUAAGCGCUCCAGACUGGAUGAGUCGCUGACCAAUCCAGUUGAAGUCAUCAGUAUCGAUUAAUCAAAAAUGCAUAAACUAUUCGAAUAAGUGCACACUAAAAUAUCUCCUGGAUUCCUUUUAAUAAAAAGCAUUUUGUUUAAAUAACACAUCA